AUGAAUCCUCAGGAUCACAUGAGAAAAAUAAUAAUCCUUGGGAGGCAGAGAAGUGUGGAAGAUGGAGCCUUUUACCAAAUUGGAAGUGGCAUCCCACCAGGUGAUCUGAGACAGCAACAAGAAAUCCUAAUGAGGAGCCAGUUCAUGACAGGACACCCACCAUUAAUGUGCCAGCAUGGAAUGCAGACAAUUCCUUCACAGUUGGAAUCUCGGUUUGUGGAAAGCCAUUUGUUACCUACAUCUGAGAUCUUGGCACCAGCUGAUCUCAGACAGAUUCAUGUGGCUUCCACUCUUGAACCUCCCACCUCACAACUUGCCAACUUCCCAAACUUAUUAUCUACUUGCGUUUCCCAAGGACCAGGAUAUAGUUUCCUUCAAUCCGAAUCAAUGGAAGCAGUAGCCAAAAGACAAGAAUUGGUUCAGAAACAAAAUAUGGCCAGGAUGGAAAUGAGUGCCAUAUUUCAACAAAAAGAACUCGAAAAAGCUCAGCGAAAAAGUCUUCUAAAACUCAGGGGCUUUUCCCCUUAUCCUGAUGUCCCAGCUUGCUCUCCUAGUUUUCAAGAAAGACACUACAUUCCUGAAGGCCACCUCUCCAAUGGCCUGUAUAGCCAUCAGACCACCCUCAAUGAACUUCAGAGGAACGCCACGUUAAUGGGCACAAGCUCCUAUCCACCUCUCACCAUGCUUCAAAGGGAACGGGUCCGUCGACCAAGCAGGAGAGCUGGGAUCCGCAAAGCUUCUCGUUACCAGUUCAAUCAUGGAAAGUACCCAAGAGAGGAUAGGGACACAGAUCUGGCUUCAGUAACUCUCAGUGAAGAAAAAAAUGAUAAGAAAGAAAGCAAAGUGGAAAUGCCAAACAAGCCUGCAGAAGCAGAACAAGAAGCACACGCAGAACCAUCUGCAGCUGUCCCCCGAAAUGAGAAGGAACAGGAAGGUGACUUGCAAAAGAAGUUGUGUAACCACAAAAUGCCUAGUGAAACAACCGACGGCCACAAUGGAAAUGAGAAAGAACGUCACAAUUCUUGCUUAGUCUUUAACAAAAAGCAUGCAGAUCCAUCAAAAAUCACACUCUCUGCUCUGACAAGUGGCUUUUCCAUGCUCAAUCAACCUCCGUUAUCUUUCGCCCCUCCCAGACGGAUUUUAAAUGGGGAAGAAAUUUCAUCUGCUGAAGAUAUUCGCAAAUGGACUGUUGAAGAUGUAUACAGUUUUAUCAACAGUCUCCCAGGAUGCUCUGACUAUGCUCAGGUAUUUAAAGAUCAUGUCAUCGAUGGAGAAACCUUACCGUUGCUUACAGAAGAACAUCUUUUAGACAUGAUGGGGUUAAAACUUGGGCCUGCUUUAAAGAUUCAGUCCCAGGUGUCCCAGUGCCUGAGAAAUAUAUUCUGCACUAUGAAUAUUCCCUUGGCUAUGCCUAACCCAUAUGCAACCAGCACAUCUUCUGAGCCUUUCCACGAUGCUGUAACCCAUCUUCCUUGCGACGGUGCUCAUACUAUUCUGGCCAGUCCUUGCACUCAUGAUCCUGAAACUUGA